AUGCCACCGCCUGCAUGCCACCACCUGGGGAUGUCGCCUGGGGAUGUUGCUGGCCUGCCUUUGCCUUUGCCUGGGGUCAUCAGCCUGCCUUCACCCGGGGUCGUCAGCUUGCUGUCGCCCAGGGUCGUCAGCCUGCCAUCCUCUGGGGUCACCUGUCUGCCUUCACCUGGGGUCGCCUGCCUGCCGUCGCCCGGGGUUACCUGCUUGCCACUGCCUGAGAUUGCUAGCUUGCCUGUGUCUGAGAUUGCAAGCGUGCCACUGCCCGGGAUUGCCUGUUUGCCACAGCCCAGGGCUGUUUGUUUGCCACAGCCCCAGCAGCCUCUGGCGCCUCUCCUGGGAGCCCUGUCUCAGGGCUACUGCGAGCGGCAUCAUCCCAGACUCUGCUCCAAGUCCAGCACCGGUGCAACGAAACCUGGAGUGUUAGCAAGGCAACAAGCUGUGAGUACAGCCUGCGGCGUGGACUCGGUGGCUGUGAGGGUGUUGUUGGAUUAUUUUCGGCCGGCGUUACCUCUGGACCCGAGUGGCCUCCUGCUGGGAACCUGCCCUCCAUCCAGCAGCAGCGCCGGUAAUAACAUGGUGGUGUUCCAGUACGGCCUGCUGGACUGCCGCUUUAUGCGCAUGGUUACUGCCAACCUUACCAGUUACAUGAAUGUGCUGACCUACAAGCCCACCCAGAGUGGCUUCUACCAGACUCCCUUCAAUCAGGCUAUUGUGUGCACCUAUACCAGACCUGCUGGCUGGACUCCUCCAGUGUAUAACCCUGCACUUGGGGAUGCCUCUGGGUUUGGGAAGCUGGAAUUUAGCAUGGGGAUUAUGAAUGAUGACUUCUCAGCCCCACGCACCUCCAGUCUAUUCUUCCUGGGGUCCCCCAUCUUCAUUGCAGCUGCAGUGAAGCAGCAAUUCCACAUGCCGCUGAUGGUCUACAUGGAAGCGUGUGUUGCUGCAAGCACUCCAGAGCUGAGCCCUUCAAGCCAGACCUACCCGCUCAUCACCAACCAUGGAUGCUUUGUAGAUGGACAGACUGGUAACUCCAGGUUUCUGCCCCGAGUCCAGACCUCCGAGAUCCGUCUGGUUGUCCAGGCUUUCAAGUUUACACAACGGAAUACAGAUGUCUACAUCCAUUGCCGGUUACUGGCCUGGGACCCUGCCCAGCUCAAUGACCCCACCAAGAAAGCCUGUUCAUUCAACCAGAGAACCAGGAGCUGGGAGCUCCUGGAUAACCCUGGUCGGAGCUCUGUGUGCAGCUGCUGUACCUCCAACUGCAGUCUGAGGAAGAGGAGGGACACGGCUGAGGAGGGGCUGAGACACACUGCAGUGCUUGGACCCCUGAGGAUCCUUCCUGAAGAGCUGUCUGCUGGAAGCCAGGAAUUCUACCAGAGGAGCCCUGCUCUGUCACUGGAGGAGCCCCAACAGGCUCUGGCCUGGCUGCCUGUCCUGGCUGCUCCCCUGCUGCUUAUGGCUCUCCUGGGAUCUCUGGCUAUGUGCAUGUGGCAUCAUCGUGGACUCUGCUCCACGUCCAGCAGUGAGCUUCUCAUUCCUGUCCCCACUGAAAUGCACACAGCAGUUGGCGCUGUUUCCAGCAGCACUACAGCACAGCAAUUCUGA